AUGGACACGUUUGAAGGUGGUUGGCUUGUACUGCAGUUUCGCUUCGAUGGCUCGCUAGACUUUUUCCGGAACUGGACCCAAUACCGUGACGGUUUUGGUCAGCUUGACAAAGAAUUCUGGCUCGGCCUGGAGCACAUUCAUCAACUGACGAACGCUCGAAACUACGAAUUGAUGGUGGAAAUACAGGACAUUAGUGGGAACUACGGUUACGCCCGUUACGAUGCAUUCCAAGUAGGGAAUGAAAGUGAGCAGUACGCCCUGAAAACCGUCGGAUCGUUUAGUGGCACUGCUGGUGAUGGAAUAACAGACCACGAGGGUUUGAAGUUCUCUGCAAAAGGUCGAGAUAAUGAUGGUCCCAAUAGAAGCUUACACUUUAGAGCCAUUUCCCGCUUUUGA